CAAAUAUACUAUUUAAACAUGUUCAUCAUAUGAACACUAACAAAGAAACGGAAUCAUUUCAACCAGAAGUUUUUUUUUAAUUACAGAAGAUCUGUGUCUGUGCUUCAUUUUGUAAUAACGAUAAACCGAGAUUCUGAAAUUAGCUGAUCGAAAAUUUAUUUUACUAUCGCUUUACUCUUUGAGAUUAUAAAUAGUUUUAUAAUAAAAUUUUUCUUCUCUUAAAAACUUUGUUUCCUUAUCUUAUUUUUAUCUUUAGAUAUGUUUACUCAACAAAAAUUAAUUUUAAUUGAAAUACUGUUUAGGAGAUUGAAGUAGUUCUCGAAUGUGUGUCAAGAGUCCAAAUUACUAACAAUAAGUUUAGAUAUUUUUAGGCUGACAUAAAAUCAGGUCUCUCGUAAUACGUUUGCUCCGUUUCUCGUAAUAGUUAAUAAGUAAUAAUAAUGGAUUAAAUGUAAUAUAGAUUAUAUAGUUAUUACGUAUAUAUAUAUCAAAAUAUGUAACAUUUGCUUAUGAAGUAUCUCGUUUAUCUAAUCAAUAUAAACUCAUAAAUUUUUAAUAGCAAUUAUUUUAACAAAUAUAAAAAUGUUUAAACCUCUAAUGGGUAAAAUUAAAAAAUUUUCUGUAAGAAUGCAUCCAUUAAAGUUAAAACAAGUAUAUGUACUCGCGGGCAGCAACAUUAAAUUUUUGCAUUCAUGUGAUGUCACGUAUUAAUUUUGAGAAAUAAUUCAACAAACGAGAACUCUCCCCCUUUCACGGAUAAUGCGGUUUAUUAUGUCACAUGAUUCUUUCUAUUUCCCCCUACCAAUGUACAUAAAGUUAUUUAAAAUACUAAUAAUUAUAAUAAACUACGAUGUCAAGGCUGUUUUCAUAUUACAUAAUAAUGUAUUAAAACCUUUUUUUAAAUAGUAUUUCAAAAUUGGUACCAUAAAAACAAGUCACGAUAAGUUAAGAUAAAAAUAAGAAAUUUCUUUACAAUUCUUUUAUCAAUCGUAUCGAUAAUAUAACUUCCAAUAAAAUAACGCAUAUUAUUUGUAAUUUUUUAUAAAGUGCCUUUUUUAAUUGAAAAAAGUUGUUUCUUAGUGUUGUAUCGCGGCAUAUUAUUUGGCAACAGUCACUACCAUACAUAACUAUUUCAAGUUCUAUGUACUAUUUCAAGUUCUGUGUUCCUUCAAAUUUAGCGAACACAGUUUGUAUAGGCUGAUAAAAAUAGUAAACUCGAAUUAGUUGCAAGUGUAAUCGUUUCAUAACAUAGCUACUUUUUCAUAUAAAAUUGUCGCACAUACAUUAAUUUAUAUAACAUAAAAAUAUCCCAAUAUUACAAUAUCGUAUUUUCUAUCAAAUUUUAAAUUAUCAACAUUCACAAAAUUUUUACGAAAAUUUUUUCUAAAAAAUUAUUUAAACUGUACAUUUUAAAAUUCUACGUAAAUAAAUACUGAAUUAACUCGUUAAUCAGUAAUUCACGUUGUAUUUUUUAUUGAAUAAUAGACUGGCAGCCUAUCAAAUCAUAUUUAUUGAAUAAUAACAUGUUUUUUUUGGAGCUUGGAGAAUCUAAAUCCAUCGUAAACAAUUUAUUAGAUGCAUGAGUGGCUAAUCUGGCUUCAAAAUCGAAAGUUUGAAAUUAAAAAUGUAAACUCUGACGUUGCGGAUUAUCCUCGUAAAGUCGUACUGAAACAACGCUAGAUCUCAAGCCUAGUCACAAUCUGUAGGGGGAGUAAUGCACGAGAGUGAAGUAGCGUGGUAGAGAAUCAUAUGAUUCAACAAAAGUAGAGAAACAGAGUCGGACAGACAGUGAAAUCUCGAAGGAAGAAACGAGCAGCAAGCGACGAGGCGUUCCGACCAGAAAUAGAAAAGCGGUACGAGGAGAGUCGCUGAGUAUCAGCCAAGGUAGUGUUCCAUGUGAGUCUCUUCGAGCCGAAUCGGAUUCGGUAGUUCGUGUCGAAACAUGCCACGCGGCGUCUCAUUGAGAUCCUCUCUGAGGAGCCGAGAUUCAUCCUCAACGUCGACCGGGGUCGAUCCUCGGGAACGCGUCAAGGAUUGUUGUCGGAAGUUAGUGGCUUUCAUGUGCACCCAGGUUGGCGUGGGCGGUCUGGUAGUGGGCUAUGCCAUUGUGGGUGCCUUUGGCUUCAUAAUGAUCGAGACUCAGGAAGAUCCGUCGGCGCCAGUGUGCACGCAAGAGUAUAUUCGUCGAGAAUACGCUGAUGAAUUGUGGUUUAGCACCGCUAGCAAUCAGUCGGUAAACGUAUUCAAUCAGACCGCCUUCUACGUGGUGGCCAAUAGUAUUCUGCAACGUUAUCAAGAAAAUAUUACUAACAGCACGCGACAGAAACUAAACUGCAACGGCCUAAAGCCUACCGAUAUCUGGUCGUUCCCCGCAGCAUUAAUGUUCUGCCUCUCAGUGUUCACUAUGAUCGGUUAUGGCAGCCUGGUGCCAAAAACUCAGACGGGUAAAGGCGCCACGGUGAUCUACGCCGUGCUGGGCAUUCCACUGUACGUGCUCUAUUUCCUGAACAUGGGUAAGGUGCUCGCGCAGACCUUCAAGUGGCUGUACACGCGAUUGCACGAGUGCACCGGACAACGGAAACCUGGUCAGAGGAUUAUCGUCCCCUCGACCGCUUGCCUCUGGGUGAUAUUCGGUUAUGUAGUCGCUGGUUCGAUCAUGUUCGCCGAGUGGGAAAAGUGGGACUAUUUGGAUAGUACUUACUUCUGCGUCACUUCACUCUGUAAGAUCGGUAUGGGUGACCUAGUUCCAGGCUGGAGCCGACAAGACUCUAUGGAAGACAGCCAGACGAAACUCAUCAUAAACUUUGUGUAUUUGCUGCUCGGUAUGGGCCUGAUAGCCAUGUGCUACAAUCUGAUGAAGGAGGAAGUAUGUGUAAAAGCUCGAGAACUCAAGGAACAGCUGAAUCAAGCAAUAGACGUUAUGCAUUAUAAAUUAAUGAAGUGUUGUAAAACAGAACCUAUGGAUUAAGAAAUCGAAAAAGGAUUAACGGGAUACAUUAUCGAAACUGUGACUAAAAUCUAUCAUAAAAAAUGCAAAAAUAAUAAUAAAAUCAUAACUCAUAAGAAUUUUAUCAAAGAAAAGAUCUUUCUUUAUAAUUAAUCGAUACAUGAUUGUUAAAUUACUGAAAGUUACACAAAAUAAA